AUGGCGAUUUUAAAAAAUGGGCAACUUUUGAAAGAACAGUACCAUAAAAUAUCCGCAAACAAAUGGGAGUUCUUACUCUCUACACCGUUCACAGACUCUUACAUAGCCAUGGGCUUCUUGAAGAAUGGCCAGAUGGUUGGCUCGAGCGCCAUGGUCAGGUGGGUCUCGUCGGGCGUGUUCGUGAUGAAGGGGGCAGGCCAAACCACGACUGAGAGCAGGCGCUAUACCGGCCUGAGGAGGAGCCAUGGGAUCCUGAACAUCUUGGGAUGGAGCAUCUUGAUGAUCGCUGGGAUAAUCGUUGCUCGUCACUGCAAGCAGUACGACCCGAUGUGGUUCUACGUGCACGCCGCAGUUCAGUCCUCGGCCUUCGUUUUGGGUUUGCUGGGAAUCAUCUGCGGGUUCGUGUUGGAAAACAAGAUCAGUGCCAGCAGCGUCUCCACCCACAAGGGCCUGGGAAUCUUCAUCCUUUUUCUUGGCUGCCUCCAGGUGAUGGCAAUUUGGGUUCGACCGAGGAAGGGAUUGAAGGUGCGAGAAUACUGGAAUUGGUAUCACCAAAAUGUGGGGCGGGUUUUGAUCAUUUUUGCGAUCGCGAAUGUUUUCUAUGGAAUUCAUUUAGGCGAAGAGGGGAAGAAGUGGAAUCUUGCUUAUGGAAUUAGUAUUGGCGUUCUAUCUGUAAUUCUCAUUGUUCUGGAGAUACCAAAGUUUAGGAAGUGA